AUGCUUAAACCAAAACUUUUAGAAUCUGUGUUUGUGGAAAUCAUAAUUCCUAAAAAAUCAAACAUCAUUAUUGGCUGCGAUUUUAAUGUCGAUCUUUUAUUAGCAAACUCAGAUAAUUCUGUCUCUGAAUUUUUAGACACUAUUGCUUUAAAUAACUUUCUUCCCUUUAUUUCAUUGCCAACAAGAAUCACAAAUCACUCCAAAACUCUAAUUGAUAACAUAUUUUCUAAUGCAACUUCUACAAAUAUUUUUGCCGGUAAUUUUACUUCUACGAUAUCAGAUCAUUUGCCCCAAUUUUUAAUACAUCCUCUUUAUAGAACCAAAAUUAAUUCUCGUAAAAGCUGCAUUUUUCGUCGAAAUCUAAAACAAAUAAAUUGCGUCGAGUUAUGUAGUGAUUUCUCAAAAAUUAGCUGGAUUAAUGUAAUUAAUGUCAACGAAGGUAAGACUAAUAAGUCAUUUGAAGAGUUUUUCUCAAGUUUCAAUUCUCUUUUAGAUAAACAUGCACCAUUGAAAAAAGUCAGCAAUCGUUGCUUAUCAAGGGGUCUCAAACCUUGGAUAACACGAGGAAUCUUGACUUCUAUUAAAAUGCGAAAUAAAAUAUUUAAAAAAUUUCUUAAAGCAAAGAAUCCUAAUAACAAACUCAAUCUAGAAAAAUCUUGUAAAGCAUAUAGAAACUUACUUGUUACUCUCACCCGUCGUAGUAAAAAGAACCAUUACUCUAAGUUCUUCUCUGACAAUGCCAAAAAUUUGAAAUCUACAUGGAAUGGUAUUAAGAACCUUUUAAACAUUAGUUCGAGAGUUAACUCAUCUCCUUCAUGCUUAUCUUCUACCAACUCCAUGAUACACGACCCCAUUAAAAUUUCGGAAUCUUUUAAUUCAUUUUUUGUUUCAGUUCCAGAAGAUUUACAGAAUAAGAUCCACUCAUCCAAUACUGACUUUAAUAAAUAUCUUAAAAAUCCUAAUCUUAAUUCAAUGUUCAUAAAACCUACAGACAAAAACGAAGUAUUAUCGAUUAUUCAUUCUCUUAAUGACAGCAAGGCUUCUGGACCUAACAGCAUUCCAAUACCUAUUUUUAAAGCUCUUGCAAAUGAUAUCUCUCCUGUACUUUCUGAACUAUUUAAUCUGUCAUUCACAACCGAAAAACUUAUGUGUUCUCGUAUUUACAACUUUUUAAAUAAUUCUGCUUGUUUUCAUAUUCGACAAUUUGGGUUUCGCUCAAAUCACUCCACUUCUCACGCUCUUAUUAGCAUUACUGAAAUGAUUCGUGGUGCAAUUGACAGUGGUUCUUUUGCUUGUGGUGUAUUCAUAGAUCUUCAAAAAGCUUUUGAUACGAUUGUUUAUUUGGUUGCCAUGGAUACCUAUAUUUCAUGUCAACAGGCAUUUUGCAUAGUUACCUAA